GGGGGCAGGUAAGAGGUGGUGAGUUGGGCAGAGGGGGGAUGUGGGGUUGUGAAUAUUAGGGACCUGCUGCUUCCUCUUUGUGCGAGGGAUGGGUACCUCAUUAACUUCUUGGUUCUUUGCUCUUCACUGUUGCAGGAAAGUGAAUCUGAUGGCUAACUGCUUUAAAGUGGGGGUUAUAGCUCUGUAGAGUGAUUAGGUCAUUGAGGUGAUUCUGGGUAAGAUGAGAUCUAGGUAUUUUUAAUUGGGAAAGUAGGGAGGGAGAAGGAAGGUAGAAUAGUUGAUGGAACCUUGCUACGAUUCAAUAAUAUUUUUGUUUGGAAAAGUCCUUUGUGGCUGAGGACAGAGUGGCAUGUUAAGUCACAUGAUGCAGCACCACAGGAGACCUCUUACUGUAGUAUUUUUGUUAAAGGAGACUUCAACUGAGAAAUUCCCUUCAGGUCUUAAUUACCUAUGCUCCUUUGCUGUGUCUUGAGGGUGCUUGUGGUUUCCCUUCUGGUUACAGCUGGGAUCUGACACAGGUAGCUGUGAGACAUCAGCCAACAUACUGCCUUGACUGCAGGGUGGGGAGAGAAUCCAGGGAGCACUUGCAGGCAGUAUUUAGAGUUGCAUGCUUAAGGUGUAGUAUUACAACCAUCCUUGCUUUCCCAAUCUGUGCUGCUUUCUUCUAGGAACUAAUGGCUAUCUGGUCUUCAAGACAAAAGCUGAUCUAGCUGAGAGCUGUCAUCAGUACUAACCUAUGAAAGGCCUUCUUGCUAGACCAUCUCCUGGUGUGACUGCACCACCAGAUGAGCCCCUGGCCAGCUUGAUCCCUUACCAGGAAGGUUGUAGGAACAUGCGUCUGGGGCCAGUUGAACCGAAUCAAAUUUAAGAUGAUUACAAAUUGCACCAUGAGAUUAGGGUUAUGUAUCUAUUCAGGCAAGCAGAUUUCUUUUGUUGGUAGCCAAAACUAUUUGUUGCACUCUCUUGUACUCUGUAAAGAAGCUAGUACAUGAUUGAGAACACUUGAUCUCCUGAAGGAUGAGUGGUGAAGAACUUCAGUACUACAGGUUCCAGCACUGGGACAACUGCACUGAGCUAUGAUGCAAGCACACGACUUGUUUAGGCAUAUGAGGAUUCCUGAACUUGUGGAUGUCAGGCAGUAUGUGCGCACCCUUCCGACAAAUACCCUGGUGGGUUUUGGUGCUUUUGCAGCCCUCACGACCUACUGGUAUGCAACAAGACCAAAAGCACUAAAGCCACCGUGUGACUUAGCAAUGCAGUCUGUGAAGGUAGAGGGUGAAGAGGAUGCUCGAAGGUCCUCUCUCCUUAACAGUGAUGAACUGAUAACUUGCUACUAUGAUGAUGUGAGAACAGUCUAUGAUAUCUUCCAAAGGGGGCUACAUGUAUCCAAUAAUGGUCCAUGUCUAGGUGUUAGAAAACCAAACCAGCCAUAUGAGUGGAUCUCCUAUAAGGAGGUUUCGGACAGAGCAGAGUAUGUGGGCUCUGCAUUACUUCACCGAGGCUUCAAACCAUCUCACAGCCAGUACGUAGGCAUCUUUGCACAAAACAGACCUGAGUGGGUUAUCAUUGAACAGAGUUGCUAUACAUACUCCAUGGUGGUGGUGCCACUCUACGAUACACUGGGAACUGAAGCAAUUACUUACAUUGUUAACAAAGCUGACUUAUCGCUGGUUUUCUGCGACACACCUGAAAAGGCUAAACUUCUGCUAACUGCUGUAGAAAAGGGGGAAACUCCAAUCCUCAGCACCAUCGUGAUCAUGGAGCCUUUUGGCACAGAUCUUUUGGAACGUGGCAAGAAGUGUGGGGUAGAAGUCUUCAGCAUGAAGGAAAUAGAGGAACUGGGAAAAGCACACAGACAAAAACCUAUACUUCCAAAGCCUGAAGACCUAGCAGUCAUCUGUUUCACCAGUGGAACAACAGGAAACCCCAAGGGAGCUAUGAUCACUCAUAAAAACAUAGUCAGCAAUUCUUCAGCUUUUCUGAAAACUACAGAGAAAACAUUUAUACCUACCCCUGAAGAUGUUCUGAUAUCAUUCCUGCCCUUGGCUCAUAUGUUCGAGAGAAUCGUUGAGUGUGUAGUUCUGUGCCAUGGAGCUCGGAUAGGAUUCUUUCAAGGGGAUAUCAGGCUACUUAUGGAUGACCUAAAAACACUACAGCCAACUGUAUUUCCAGUAGUACCACGACUGUUGAACAGAAUGUUUGACAAGAUUUUUGGACAGGCGGAUACAUCACUGAAGAAGUGGAUGCUGGAUUUUGCUUCCAAGAGGAAAGAAGCAGAACUCAGAAGUGGUAUAAUUAGAAACAACAGUUUCUGGGAUAAAGUUAUCUUCCGAAAAAUACAGGCAAGUUUGGGAGGAAAAGUACGACUAAUGGUCACAGGAGCAGCACCUGUAUCUGCAAGUGUACUGACCUUCCUGAGAACAGCUCUUGGCUGUCAGUUUUAUGAAGGAUAUGGACAGACUGAAUGCACAGCUGGAUGCUCACUGUCAAUGCCUGGUGACUGGACAGCAGGUCACGUUGGAGCACCAAUGGCAUGUAACAUCAUAAAGCUUGUUGACGUACAAGAGAUGAAUUACUUGGCUGCCAAAGGAGAAGGUGAGGUGUGUGUAAAAGGGCCAAAUGUAUUCCUUGGCUAUUUGAAAGAUCCUGAAAAAACAGCAGAAGCUCUGGACAAAGAUGGCUGGCUUCAUACAGGAGAUAUUGGGAAAUGGCUACCAAACGGUACGUUGAAGAUCAUUGACCGGAAAAAACACAUAUUUAAACUAGCCCAGGGAGAGUACAUAGCACCAGAGAAGAUAGAAAAUGUGUAUCUGAGAAGUGAAGCACUUGCUCAAGUGUUUGUCCAUGGAGAGAGCUUGCAGGCCUUCUUACUAGCUGUUGUGGUACCUGAUCCCGAAACCUUGUGCAAAUGGGCCAAGAAAAAAGGAUUUGAAGGCACAUAUGAGAAGCUAUGUAAAAACAAGGAUGUCAAAAAGCACAUCCUAGAAGACAUGGUGAGAGUUGGUAAAGAAUCUGGUUUGAAGUCAUUUGAACAGGUUAAAGACAUUAUUGUGCACACAGAAAUGUUUUCUAUUGAAAAUGGCCUGCUGACACCAACACUGAAAGCAAAGAGACCAGAACUACGGAAAUAUUUCCAGUCGCAGAUAGAUGAACUCUAUGCUAAUACCAAAAUGUAACAGUGGAUUGAGUAAAGUGGCACACAUCUGAUGUCUACUGUUGGUCUUCAUAUCUGUAAUUUGACUACAGCAAAUAUAGGGAAGGAAACUGUGCAAUCAUAAACUUGUACAAAAAUGGGAUGGGUACUUGCCAUAGGAACAUUGAAGAAAUGGAACACUGCCUUACUGUCAAGUUGUGUUGCAUACUGUUUUUAUGGUGACCUACAAUUUCCAAAAAGAGCCUUAACUAUAAAUGGUAACUAUAUAUAAGUUAUUUAAAACUUCAUUGGCCAAAAAUGGGACUCUCCUUAACCAAGGAGCUAAGAUUUUCUUCUUGCCAGCAUGUUUGCUGUCUGCAGUGUAUCUUGCAGUUGUCAGUUCAAAAAAAGGAUUUGGCAGGUUUGGAAAUGCCUCUAAGUAUCUUGCCACCUCAGGAGAGUUACUUAGUCUGGGGGGAAGGGAGAGAAAACCCAUCAACACAAAACCUUACAGUUAUAUAGCUGAUAUUGCAUCUUUAAUUAGUCCUAAUAUUAACUGGGGUGAGGCAAGGGUUUCUUCCCUUCUGUAUCUACAGCCAGUUCUGAGGCUUACUUUUGUAAGGUAGAAGUCAGGACUCUGUACAAAAGAGACUGAUUAAUACAGGUUCAGGCUAAACUUGCAUUUGGUGACUCUGCACUGGAAGUGUAGAAGCAGUUAAUUCAGCAAGUGUAGCCUUCGCUGCAUUAACACAAUUCCAGAGUAGUGCCUGCCCAUUUAGUGGGCAGAUUCUAACUCUGGCAAGAACACUAGAAACAAAAAUGAUCUAAGAGGCUGGGCUAUGCUGACUGUCAGGUAAGUAUCGCACCUGUACUAGUCACUCGUUUUCCCCAUGAUGAAUGUGGAUUUAAAAUGUGUUUUUUAAAAAGUGCCAGGUCCUCUAAGCAGAACAGCUUCUGACGUAACCUCCAUUUUCUGUGCUGUGUGUAUGAGCCACUGAGUAUUCUUCAUGGAAUAGCAGAAUAGGUCAGGUAGAAUGUUUUUUUUGCCUGAUGCUUUGCAGUAAUUGGAAGUAUUCAGAUGUGCCAACAAACAGUGUUGGCACUGGAUGGGUAUUUGUUCAGGGAUAAGAAACAAAUUCCCAGAUAAACUACAGAACUAUUUACCUUUUGUCUCAGAAAUCAGCAGAAAUAAGCCUUAUGACAACAUAAGUCUUUUGCUAUCCUUAACAGAGUUGGUUUUGCAUUAGAACUCAUUACUGUUUUUUGAAAACAUGGAUAUAUGUAAGAUACAAGCACAACAAGGUUUGCACUAAGAUUUGUGUGAUUGUAAUGCACUACUCUGUAGCAUAAUUUCAUACGUGUGUGCAAUUAAGGUACACAAAUCCAAGUCAACUGUUAGAGCAGUAGUUUGUUACAUUGGAAUUCAAAUGUUUGCUUAGUGUUGGCUAUUUCUAUGUUUUAUAAAACCAAAACAAUUUUCAAAACCAAUGAAGGAAACCAAAAUAAAUAUUUCUGCAUUUCAA